UUUGUUGACGUCAAAUUCCGAACAUAAUCCGGCAAGUUCCGACCCGAAAUCAGCAGUUUACAUAAAUUAACAUAAUUAGUAUGAACACGGUUGUUGUCAAGAGAUGAAAACAUACGUUUGGUUACCUUCGAGUUUUACUUGGCGUGAAGCUUUAAAAUUAUAUUUCUGGGGAGAACAUGUACGAGAAAUGGACGCUUGAUGAUAGAAACAUAUUAUGCUUUUACAAGGCGCCUAUUCCGCUAAAUAUCGAGCUGCAUUCCAAGAGAAGGUUGACAAUCUCAAAGAUGAGGAGAGACAGGAAUUUAAUAUAAAGUUGGAAAAGACUAAGGAGCUUUCUCGUGACACUAACCGAAGACGAAGGGCAUUGGAAGAUCGGCGUAAAAAUUAUGAGGCAGAGGAGGAGAGAAAACGACGGGAAAUCUUGGCACAACGAAAGAAGGAAAUACAAGAAGCUACAGAAAAAUUUCAACGUUCAAACAUUAUAAGAAAUAGAAAGAGAUCGAAACAUUCAGAACGCACUUCGACACCAACUAAAACAGUAAAACACGACAACACUCGUCCAGUGUCCGCUAAAGUUCCGAAAGUUAUCAAUGGGAAACCAUACUACCCUUCCGUCGAAGAAGUCAUGGCUUUGCUUCACGCAGAUCGCGCUGACGUGAUUGAUAGACUCGACAGCGGUGAUAGCAAAGCACGUGAUCAAAAUCCUGACGUCAUUGAGCCCAGAGAUAUAGCCGCUGAACAACGUGAGCAGGAGAAACUUCGCAGUCAAGUCGUCGGCCGAAUCGAGCCGAAAAUGGCGUUCACAGACGAGCCGAAGGAUAUCACUGCCGGCGUCCUGCCUGCUACCAUCAGGCAUAAUUCCCCGUCAGGCAGUCUGUCCAGUGUCGAUAGCCUCGACGCGGUGGCUGACGAGGAAACAAUGCCCGCAUCUGACUGCAGCCCGAUCGCGGGCAUUAUCCGUAAGGGCAACAAGAGGAAACGCGACAGCCGUGUAACGUUUAACGAAAAUGUCGUAUUCAGCGAUGGGUUGGUCGGGACACUCAAACCAAUACAAAUGGCAGAUUCUAUGGUAGAUUCGUCGAUUAUGCACGCGCAGAAAUCUUAUUUCGAGUUUCCUGACAAUAAUAAUACAAGUUCCAAUAUGGACAGUGGUCUUGAGCUGAAGGCGAACGGUACAGGCUUAGAGUCUUCGAAAGAUAGUCUCAUAAUGAAUCAUUUCUUACCCAGGCAGUCAAAAAUAAACACGGCGAUGACGUCCCCUCAAAACUACCCUCAUGUCAACGUAUCGGAUAUUGGUACCACCGGCGUUAUGACCUACUCAAGCAACGGUAGACAACCAGCGGGAGUGCCAUCGGGUGGAGGAGAUACCCGGCAACCGUUUGCGGGUGAAGAUACCCGGCAACCACGAGGUAGCAAUUCGACGCCUACUGUUACCAGGGCCGAACCGAGAGCUAAUGCGCUUCACGUUUUGCCAAAUUCACCGAAAGUAAACGGAGCCCCUCAUACAGAGUCCCAAACGGGCAACGCUGUAAAGAUUAGCGGUAACGAGAAGGAUUAUAGCCGUAAAAUGGAUCAUAAUCUACAGCAGAGUAACAAGGAAGGUCUAAACGGUGAUAAUUAUAACAUGCACAGUCACAAUGGAGUCCACAAGUCCAACGGACGGCCAGCCUCAUCCUUGCCAUUCUCGUCGAUAAACGCAUCGAUGCUGAAAGACAGCCUUGAAAUGCAUAGUGACUCGAGGGCCAGCCAUAAUGACUCGAGAGUCGAAACAAACCCUUCCGCCAAUAGAGACAUUUCGUCUGGUCAUGCUUCUUCCACUCCGGCAGACGUACCUCCCGACACACCGCUCGUACCCAUUACCAAAAGAGAUUUUCUAUACAAGGCUUUACGAACGGACAGCAACGAGGUCCAAGCACCGAGUAAUGUUCACACAAAUACUUUAUCUUAUUCCGCUGGAAAUAUUCCACACAAAGAGCAGAUUGCUGUCGAUGGUCGGUUUGAUUCAGGUGGAAAACGAUUUCACUCUGAUGGCAACUCUGAGGCGUUUUCACGAGAUGGUUAUGGCAUAUACAAUCACGAGCCAGAAUUUUCAAGAAACAGUCGCAAUGCUGUACCAGAGCAAGGCAAAAAGCAUGUCGAAUCUGACAAUGGUAGGACUAAAGCACUAUAUGAUAGUAAUUCUUCUUAUCAUGAACGACAAACCCUGUUAAACGUUAACGGAGUGAAUGACAAUGUGGGGACUUCAACACACAACACCGGUAACAUUUUGGACACUCGUGGGACGAGGGAAAACACAAGAUCUUCAAGUACAACUGUUGGUAUCCCAAAUUAUACUGGAAUUGCGUACUCAAACGGUCCUAAAAGUUCCUUAAACCAGGGAUAUCAAGGAACGGAGAGGCCCACCAAGACUAUAGGUGAAACCUCAUCUGCUGUCCAAACGAAGGCUAGGACAAACCUCGGCAAUUCAACUGUUCAAAAUGCACUUGGAUUAACAAGCCAGCAUUCCUAUAGGCCAUCGCUAGACAACGGACAACAAAAUUUUAGUUCAAGGAGGACCGGCUCUGCAGAGGAGUUGCUCAAGAGUGUUCAAGAGAAUAUUGAACGUUUGAGCAUGACGCCAUCACAACCAACGAAGACAGGGACGAACAGCUCCAGUUUGAAACCGACUGUUCAAAUGAAUGGUUUUUACAAAUCGACUACUCCCGAGAAUCGCCACAAUCGUGCUAACUCGGAUAACAGUCGUAGGCUAAAAGCUUCCGAGAAGGGCACCGUGUUAGAGAACAGAAACAUCCCUAGGUCUGCAGCUGUUGCAAGCUGCGAACGGAGACUUAGUAAUAGAAGGAUUUCAAAUAGCCCCAAAUCGAAACUAGGGGAAAGCAAGAAAAUAAAUGGAAACUCCAAACGACUUCACACUAGAAGUGGAUCAGACUCAGGGAUCGUUAACCGAAGAAAGGCAGGCGAUAUCGACUUUGGAGAAACCCAAAACAGAGAUCUUGAAACAGCUAAUUCAAAUGGCGAUAAACAUCCAUCCACGUACAAAGGUCGCGUUCUUAGCGCUCGUCCCAAUUCCAAGACUGAUUACCAGUCACCUCCCUACCAAGGUGGUAGCCGGGUGUAUGGUGUCCCCUCAGAAGAUACUAGAGGCCUUCACCCCCCGCCAAAUGCUUUUGAAAAGAAGCAAAGAUUGAACAGCGAAGGCCUGGGAUACCUUGAUAAAACUCCUACGGAUGAAGAAAUAAACCAUCUCUGGGAGACAGUGCGAACAUGUUUGAAACACGAGCAGCCCCAAAAAGCUGCUUCAGAUUCCGUGGUGAACGUACGGUACUCCAGAUCGGAUUCUGGGCCUCUUGUUGGAAACCAUUAUCUAAUCGACGGUAAUGCCUGGGCGGCGAAACCAAACGGCUCUGACAGCGAGACAAGAUAUUCAAGGGGUACAGGUAGCACGUAUUUCCGCAGGCAGGGGUCACUGGAUAGUUUACAACGUCGUGGGUCUACCGAGAGUUCAGUUUAUACGACCCCGAAGAGAGGAUCUUUACUUCAGCAUCGAAAUAGUACGUCAGAGAGGAGGAUAGCUCCCCGGAAUUCGCAUGCCGGACGCCCCCCGGUUAAUCCACAGUAUUUGCAUUCUCUCCGAGGGCCACAGACAAGUUCCCGGGGGCCGGUGAAAUCAAACACUACAAAGCCCGAUGUACGACCACAGCUGUCCUACGCUGAGUUUCAGGCAGUCAUGCAAGCAUCCGCUGAUAUUAAAACUCGCAACACCGAAGGCGAUACUCAAAAGAACUCCAACCACCAAGGCGUACAUCAACCAAUCAUUAUGAAUUAUAGAAAGGAACCAAGCGCUUUAUCCUUAGAAGAGAGAAGACUAUUAGAGUCUCUAGACCGUCUCAACGAGCGCUUAAAAGUUCAAGAAGCAUUUGCUGGGAAGAUUGUAAAAAGUCCCAGAAAUACCACCAUUCAGACAAAUAAGAACAGUUCAUCAAAGUUUCACCAGCCGUCACCAGGCACAAGUCGGUUUGGAAACACGAGAACAACUUCCGAUAAGGUUUAUACGAACACCUCUGGUCUGCUGAACAGAAGAUAGCAUUAUUCCGCAGUCUUUCCGUUAUAAGUGAAAAUCCGGCAGGAAUUUUCAACCAUGUCUCCAUCGCAUUCCUCCCACAAAUUUCUUUGGCCUGUUUGGUCGGUGAAUUGCAAUGAAUCUGCCAUAAAUGAUUGCGAAAGACGUUGAUUUUCUGGCAAUGUUUUAUCUGUUUAACAGAGAGUUUUACUUGUCGGAAUAAGACAUAAGUUUUUUAGUCGUGCACUUUUAAAUAAAAAUGUAUAUAGCAUAUACAUAUAUUAGUAUAAUAUUAUG